AUGGGUAUGCAUUCAAAGAGUACGUUGUUUUAUAAUAUUAUUAGUUUUGAUGUUUAGAAAGGAAACAAAAAUCAUUCAAGACAAAGGUUGAGAAGAUCUUGAAAGACCGAGUGGAGAAGAAGAAAAAUGAACAUGGGAUGAACAAUGCAGAGUUCCUAAUGGAAAUUGAUCAACAGAUUGGAUCUUUGAAUGCUGGCGAGUUUGGUGAUAAAAGGAAGAUGAAUGGUUCUGUCAACAUGGCUGUCGUUGCGAAGGGCUUACAGGUAAGAUUAUAUUUGUAUAACUAAAAUUGAUUUGUUAAACCUUGUUUUAGUUUAUCAAGAAUCUUAUAACUUCGGUUUUAGAGUCUAGAUUACAUUCCCUGCAGUAUGAAGGAGGUAUCAAAUGACUUGUUGUUGGAUGGUGGUGAUCGGUCAACACGAACUUACGCAGCUGAAGUUAAAAAGACCAUAUCCGCAGCAGAUAUUAUUAUUGAAGUAUUGGAUGCCAGAGAUCCUUUUGGAAGCAGAAGCAAGCAAAUAGAAGAUCAAGCGCUAAACAGUGGAAAGAGGCUUGUGUUAUUGUUGAAUAAGAUUGACUUGGUGCCUAAAGACAAUGUUAAAAAGUGGUUGUCGGUGUUGCGGAAACAGCUACCUACGAUUGCAUUUAAAGCUUCUACACAGGAACAACAAAACAAGCUGGUAAGAUAUUAUGAUUUAAAACUGUAGGUAAAACUUAAACAACAGUUUAAUUUUAUUUAUUCGGCGUCAAUAUAAGUAAUAAGCAAUAGAAUAAUAACAACAGUUUAAUGGGUUGAUGUUUUAGACAUAUGGUUAAUAAUAUAUGAUUUUAGGGUCGAUUAGUAACUUCAAAUUUACAUACUGAUUCUUCAAAGUGUAUUGGAGCUGACUUGUUGAUGAAAUUACUGAAGAAUUAUUGCCGUAACAAAGAUAUUAAGACUACCAUCAGAGUUGGAAUAGUGGGUGAGUUUUGAAUUAUAUAACCGCGGUUGUUUAAAUUAAUAAACGAGUAACUUUCCUUUUAGAAGGUUUGAAAUAUUUUUUUCUAAUGUUUAGGGUUUAUUCAAUAUUACAUAUUUGAUGAUUUUAGGUUAUCCGAAUGUCGGCAAAAGUAGCAUCAUAAACAGUUUGAAAAGACAGCGAACUUGUCAGACCGGUGCUGUUCCUGGAGUGACAAAGCAACUUCAAGAGAUUGAGCUUGACAAAAACAUCAGAUUGAUUGAUUCUCCUGGCGUCGUUCUGGCUUCAAGGAAUCAGUUUGAUGCUACAGAAGUCGCUUUGAAAAAUGCUUUGAGAGUAGACUCGUUGAAGGAUCCUAUAAGUCCUGUUCAAGGCGUGAUGAGAAGAUGUUCUGUUCAAGUAGUGAGUUUCAUAUAUAUAAUACUAUUUUAUCUUGGUUGAUUUGUAAUUGUUAUUCUGUAGUUAGCCUUAUUAUUAAAUGAAUGGUAUAUUUUUAAAUGUUUUAGCUUUGUGAACAUUUUCAAAUUACACCUUUCACCGAUCACGAAAUGUUUUUGGCUCUGGUAGCCAGAAAACUAGGCCGCCUGAAGAAAGGAGGUCGUCCUGACGUUCAUGCUGCUGCUAAACAUGUAGGUAUUACAAGUGAUUAAUGCGAACUCUGAAUUAUAUAACUCUUCUUUAUAUGUUGGUUUGAGCUUGUUUAUUCUUGUCAUACCUUGGCGAUUCGAUUUACUUUAUUUGUGAAAGAUGAAUUAAGAAUUAUUUUAGGUAUUAAACGAAUGGAAUACAGGGAAACUAAAGUAUUUCACAGAACCUCCGAAUGAAGUAGAAGUAAAGCCUACUGUAACUACAGAACUGUUGACUACGUUGUCUAAAGAGUUUGAUUUGGACGCGUUGGAAGAAGAUGUGAAAGUUUUGUUAGAUGGUAUGUUAAUACGAAUAACGUGAUUUGAAUAAUCUCAUUGUGCUUUCAAUAUUUAAAAACAUGCUUUAAGAGUCACGUUGUACAGUGUAAUAAGUAUAUUUCAGAAACGGAACAAAUGAAUGAAACACCGAUGGUAGAAGAUACAGAAGAACUUAAGGUUGUAGUUACUGCUGAACAAAGGAAAAGCAAGGACAAAAUUGAGGGAUUUGAAGCCAAUAUUAACAUCAUGCCAAAGUCGUUGAAGUAUGAAGGGAAUGUCAGGCUUGACAGUGCCAUUAAGAACGCGGUAAAGAAGAACAAGAAGAAACUGAAGAGAUUAGGUACGUUUGUGAUCUUAUAUAAGCUGAUAAAGCAUAAAUAGCUUGUUACAAACUAACCUUGUUAUUUUAGGCAAGAAGCAAGACGCUCUCACCGACAUGUUCACCAACCUAGGAAGCGACCAGGUUGAUGUGAAAAUGGAAACAUAA